AUGACGAUGAAACUGUUCAAUUGGAGUUACAAGGACUUUGGAAAUGGAGCAUUUUCCGAUACCUCACUUACUCAACGCCAACAUUUUGCCGAUUUCCCAACGGAGACUGGAACCUGCCCAGACGGAUGGGUACGCUUCUCCGACUCGUGCUACUGGGUCGAGCAGCACAAGCAAAGCUUUGCUGAAGCCGAGAAACGGUGCUAUGAGAAAAACGCGACAUUGUUCGUGGUGAACUCACAGGAUGAAUGGGACGCCGUUCGCGAGCACUUCCCCCAAAUUGGAUUUACCUGGAUUGGACUCGUCCGCUUCACUCAUCGCGAGAGAUCUGAAGACGUACCAACCUGGCAAACCGAAGGAGCAGUGAAUCCAGCUAAACUCAACUGGCUCAUCCGCCCAUACAAACCAGUUUCCAACGGAUGGUCGAUUCUCGCCAACUGUGCCGCUCACUACAGUACCGCUCUCAACUGGGAAGCUUCUGCCUACACCUACUACCAGCCAUGUUCGUUCAAGCAUUUCUCGAUCUGCGAGAGAAACAGCACCAUCCUCGAUUUCUUGAACAGGAAGUUCGACUUCCAGUCUUAA